AUGGUCCAAAUGUGUCUCGGCAGGGUCAAGGACAACAUUGGGCCACUUCGCGACCUAAUACUCUCAUUUGGAGUCUCGGUGAUCUACAGCGUCGUCUACUGGAUAUUCAUCUACUUUGUGCUCAUUCGUGGCAAGAUACAAAUCGGAUCCGUCCUGUUCGACGCGUCAAAAACCAAUUUGCUGGUAUCAAUAUUCUCGCAGUUUGCAGCCAUUUUGUUCGACAUGGUAAUCCGAGACCUCUUUGGAUGCCUGAGGAUGAGCUUUGCCAGCAGGCGUCGCGGCUUUUCCCUGGUGAACUUUCUUGGAAUGGGAGCCUCGUCCUCGUGGCUGUCGGCAUUGGAGUUUACAAUUGUGAAAUGGGCCAGGGAUAAAUGGCGCGGUCUGUUCAACCUCUGGUGCGAGUUGCGGCUUGCGAUUCCAAUUAUGGGGCUUGCAUUUGGUUCUGUACUGAAGUUCCAGGCUGAUUUUCUGUACUACUUUGUCCCGGGCGAUACCAAGAUCUCGGUAUUCGCUGGGCUUGUACCAAUCGAUCUCCGGACGCUCAUUACUAUUCCAGCCUCCGAUUUGUCGAUGUACUUUGCGAUAUGGACUGCAAGCCUGCUUUCCAAUACAAGGUGGGAUCGAGAUGGCAAGACAAUUUAA